CGACCGAGGGAAUCCAAAACCAAAUCAAACUCGAAACUCAAACGCAAAGGAAAGCCGCAAAGGCCGCCGCAUUCCCAUCCAAAUUCGCAGCAAAUCCGAACGAGUCGUCAAAUCGAAAAUUAUACUACACAAAAACAAACAAACAAGGACAGAGGCGGCCAGAGUGCCCGGCCACCUCGCCCUCGUCGCCGCCUCCUCCUCCUCCUCCCCCUCUUGCCGCGGGCGGCCUGCUUCACGCCGCCUCCUCCCGCGCCUGCCUCCGCGUCUUCUAGACCCUCCCCGCCCCUCCCUCCCGUCCCCUGAUCCCUCCACAGGCGCGCGCUCGUGCGGACGAACCCUAGAGCGCGUCGCAGCCUCCUCUGCAGCCCCUUCCGUCGCCGGAUAACGAGGAAUGGAGCGGAAUGGACAGAGCCAUCUCAAGGAGCCGCUUUUGCACGCGGGCGAUGGCGCUUCUCCUGCCGCCGCCAGGGUGUCCCCGCGGAAGGAGAGGACUACGAGGAAGGUCAUGUUCAAUGUCCGGGGCAUGUCGUGCGGUUCCUGUGCCGUCUCGAUAGAGACAGUGGUGGCAGGAUUGAAGGGGGUCGAGAGCAUCCAGGUCUCAACCCUUCAGGGCCAGGCUGUUGUUCAGUACAGCCCCGAGGAGACCGAUGCAAGAACCAUAAAAGAAGCUAUUGAGGAUAUCAACUUUGAGGUUGAUGAACUCCAAGAACAAGAAAUUGCCGUAUGCAGGCUCCGGAUAAAAGGAAUGGCAUGUACAAGCUGUUCUGAAUCUAUUGAACGGGCACUUCUGAUGGUACCUGGAGUUAAAAAAGCUGCAGUGGGGCUUGCCCUAGAGGAAGCCAAGGUGCACUUUGAUCCAAAUAUUACCAGCCGUGAUUUACUAAUUGAGGCUAUUGAGGAUGCCGGAUUUGGAGCCGAUCUCAUUAGUUAUGGGGACGAUGUGAACAAAAUGCAUCUAAAACUUGAGGGUGUGAGUUCUCCAGAAGACACCAAACUCAUUCAGUCGGCACUGGAAACUGUAGAGGGAGUGAAUAAUGUUGAAUGGGACACAUUGGGUCAAACAGUUACAGUUGCAUAUGACCCUGAUGUCACUGGUCCAAGAUUACUUAUUCAGCGCAUUCAGGAUGCUGCACAGCCCCCUAAAUGCUUUAAUGCCAGCUUGUACUCACCACCAAAGCAAAGAGAAGUAGAACGCCACCAUGAAAUUAUGAGUUACAGGAACCAAUUUCUUUGGAGUUGCCUAUUUUCAGUUCCUGUGUUCCUGUUCGCGAUGGUUCUGCCCAUGCUUCCUCCUUCUGGAGAUUGGCUGUUUUACAAAAUCUACAACAACAUGACGGUAGGUAUGCUACUGCGGUGGCUGCUAUGUUCUCCAGUUCAGUUCAUUAUUGGUUGGAGAUUUUACGUAGGAGCUUACCAUGCACUGAAGCGAGGGUACUCUAACAUGGAUGUGCUGGUUGCUUUGGGAACAAAUGCUGCGUACUUCUACUCUGUGUACAUUAUUGUGAAGGCACUGACAUCAGACUCGUUUGAAGGACAAGAUCUUUUUGAAACUAGUUCUAUGUUGGUAUCUUUUAUAUUGCUGGGAAAAUACCUUGAGGUGGUGGCAAAGGGGAAGACAUCAGAUGCUUUGUCAAAGCUGACAGAACUUGCACCAGAAACAGCUGUACUUCUCACAAUGGACAAGGAUGGAGGUGUCAUUUCAGAAGUGGAGAUCAGCACCCAGCUACUUCAAAGAAACGAUUUCAUUAAGAUUGUCCCUGGUGAAAAGGUCCCAGUUGAUGGUGUUGUCAUCAAAGGCCAAAGCCAUGUUAAUGAAAGUAUGAUAACUGGGGAAGCAAGGCCCAUUGCAAAGAAACCAGGAGACAAGGUUAUUGGUGGUACUGUAAACGAUAAUGGUUUCAUAAUUGUUAAGGCCACCCAUGUUGGGUCAGAGACUGCUCUGUCACAGAUAGUCCAGCUAGUUGAAGCUGCUCAACUUGCAAGAGCUCCAGUACAGCGGUUGGCAGACAAGAUUUCACGUUUUUUUGUUCCAACUGUUGUGGUGGCUGCAUUUCUUACAUGGCUUGGCUGGUUCAUACCCGGGCAACUUCACCUCUACCCUCAGCGAUGGAUUCCAAAGGCAAUGGAUAGUUUUGAGCUUGCUCUGCAGUUUGGAAUAUCUGUCCUAGUCGUUGCAUGCCCGUGUGCUCUGGGAUUAGCUACCCCAACUGCUGUUAUGGUUGCAACUGGAAAAGGUGCUUCUCUAGGUGUUCUUAUCAAAGGUGGCAAUGCACUUGAGAAAGCUCACAAGAUUAAAACUAUCAUAUUUGAUAAAACUGGAACCCUGACUAAGGGUAAACCUUCUGUUGUUCAAACAAAGACCUUCUCCAAGAUUCCACUUCUAGAAUUGUGUGAUUUAACUGCCAGUGCUGAGGCAAACAGCGAGCACCCUCUAUCAAAGGCUAUUGUCGAAUACACAAAGAAGCUCAGAGAACAAUAUGGAUCUCCCAGUGAUCAUAUGAUGGAUUCCAAAGAUUUUGAGGUGCAUCCAGGGGCGGGGGUCAGCGCGAAUGUUGAAGGCAAGCUGGUUUUGGUUGGGAACAAAAGGCUCAUGCAAGAAUUUGAAGCUCCAAUGAGCUCUGAAGUGGAGGAAUACAUGUCUGAGAUGGAGGAUCUUGCCAGGACCUGUGUGCUUGUUGCUAUCGAUAGGGUUAUCUGCGGAGCUCUUGCCGUGUCGGAUCCUCUGAAGCCCGAGGCAGGGCGUGUCAUUUCACACCUUAGCUCAAUGGGCAUCACAAGCAUCAUGGUGACGGGCGACAACUGGGCUACAGCCAAAUCCAUAGCAAAGCAAGUCGGGAUCAGCACCGUGUUUGCUGAGAUCGAUCCAGUCGGAAAAGCCGAGAAGAUCAAGGACUUGCAGACGCAAGGACUGGCCGUGGCGAUGGUCGGCGACGGGGUAAACGACUCGCCGGCCCUGGCCGCGGCGGACGUGGGCAUGGCCAUCGGCGCAGGCACGGACGUCGCCAUCGAGGCCGCCGACAUCGUCCUGAUGAAGAGCAGCCUGGUGGACGUGAUCACCGCCAUCGACCUGUCGCGGAAGACCCUCGCCAAGAUCCGGCUCAACUACGUCUGGGCCCUGGGCUACAACGUCCUGGGCAUGCCGAUCGCCGCCGGCGUCCUGUUCCCGUUCACGGGCAUCCGACUCCCCCCCUGGCUCGCCGGAGCCUGCAUGGCGGCCUCGUCGGUGAGCGUCGUCUGCUCGUCGUUGCUGCUCCAGCUCUACAAGAAGCCGUUGCACGUCGAGGAGGCGCCGGUGCCGGCAGGACCCGGAGAUGGCGGCUCGAAUCUGGUGUGAGGAACACACGCCCGUUCUGGCCUCUCGUCUCGCCGUGCUACUGACGAAGCUGUUGCUGUCGACGUUAGUGGGCUGCAGCUAUUUGCUGCUGGCAUGCAUCAAGCCGUGAACUGACGCUGAUUGAAAACGCCCUGUUUGCUGUGGCCCUCCUGAUUGAUUCGUGUGCAUAUGUAAUUUCACGCAAACCAUUUUCCUUCCUUUUGUGCGGAAUGAUUUUUUCUAAUAAAAAUAUGGGAGAUUUAUCCUUGAA